UCCAUUCUCCAAACAUUGGUAGCCACUGAACCAAUUCAGAAAACAGAAACUGAAUCCAAGCCACAGAGAAAGAUACUCACCCAACGAAACGAAAAUGAGUUCAUCCCAGGAAGAGAAACAACGACACCACUCUCACUACUCUCUCCCAGCCUUUCUCCGCCAUUGCUCUGUUCUUCACAUUCUCCCAUGGAAACCUUGCUUUCCUCUCACUCCCUCUCUUCCCCUUUCUUCAACCCAAAACCCAAUUUCCCUCCACCUUCAAUCCAUCUCCACAAGCCCAUCGUCACUUGCUCAACCAGCAGUACCUUAAAGAAGCAGACUUUAACGCCUGUUAAACCCUCUUCAGCAAAACCCACGAAUUGGCUGGUUCAUGCCCAACAAGGAAUUGCAGCUCUCGCUCUCUCCUUGGCGCUCAGCUUUACUCCAGUGACGGCCAACAAUGCUCUGGCUUCGGAGUUCGAUGUGAUCAAUGAAGGCCCGCCCAAGGAUGCUUACGUGGUGGAUGACGCUGGAGUUCUCAGUAGAGUUACCAAGACUGAUCUGAAGAAUCUCUUGUCCGAUUUGGAGUACAGGAAGAAGUUCAAGAUCAACUUCAUCACUGUCAGGAAGCUCACCAGCAAAGCUGAUGCUUUUGAGUAUGCAGACCAAGUGCUGGAGAAAUGGUACCCAAGUGUUGAAGAAGGGAACAACAAAGGGAUUGUUGUCCUGGUAACGAGUCAGAAGGAAGGUGCUGUUACAGGAGGUCCUGCAUUUGUGCAAGCUGUUGGAGAAAGCGUUCUUGAUGCUACUGUAUCAGAGAAUCUUCCAGUUUUGGCUACUGAAGAGAAGUACAAUGAAGCACUUUUGAGCAGUGCCAAGAGGCUAGUGGCGGCCAUCGAUGGACUCCCUGAUCCAGGUGGUCCGACGGUGAAGGAUAACAAGAGAGAAUCCAACUUCAAGACUAAGGAGGAGACAGACGAGAAGAGAGGGCAGUUCACUCUAGUUGUUGGAGGUCUCCUUGUGAUUGCCUUUGUUGUUCCCAUGGCUCAAUACUUUGCUUACGUUUCCAGGAAAUAGGGUUGGUGCACUUCUUCCGUCACUCGAAUCCAUGAUCGACAUUUGUACAAAAUACUAUGGUCAAGUGGAUGGUGGGAGUCUCUGAAUGAGAGGAUGAUAACCAAGAAACAGUUUCUAGGCCUCUAUUGAGUAUUGAUUUCCUCUUAUUGAAACGUUUCGAGAGCAACCGUGUUUUUUUUUUUUUUUUAAAUCUCAUUGUGAUGUUUACAGUUCAUGUAAGCAUUUCUAGGCCUUUUGAGAAAGAAGCAAACAGCAAGAGGUUAUAUUUGGCGUGAAACUCAUGCUGUUGUUGCUGAGUAUGUGUAUGUUGUAUAAUGUGCACAUUCUUAAACUUCUGUUGAGUGGCAAACUCCAUCAUUGUCUAAACAUUGCUGUAGACUUGUACUAGUUUCUAUCAGUGGUUAUAACUUACAAGUUUCAAGGAGGGUUGAAUAGCGACCUAACCGUUGGAUAUUUUCAGUGCUCAUAAAAUGUGGUUUCUUUUGUUUCAAUUUUUGUCUAUGGUGCAUAAACUUGCACCAGAAGGUCUGCUCAAUUAUGCAUCUGGUUUCAGUUUGCUCACAGAUGUAUAAUAGGUGUACGGCAACUAACAUCUGGGAAUACCUGAACAACAAUAACUUCAAGUGACAAAG